CCUGUCUGUCUGUCCAACCGACUCCAUUAUCCACAGACGACAACUCUUAGCAUCGGUUUGCGCACGACCACCACCACAGCAUCUUAUCCUAGACCAACACACAUAUCCCCAUCGUCUAUCUACUCCUGAAGGCUGAGCUAUAGGUAUAGCUAUAACCAACAAGAACUCGAGCCAUAAUGCUCUCCUGGGCAUUAUCCGCCGUCUCACGCACAGACACAAAUUCCAAGCGCAACCCCCUCGCACUCCAUGAAUCUGAUUCCGCACCCCCAUCGACGUCCCACGGCAGGCAAGGGAAACACGCCCUAGGCGAAGAACUCGUGCGUACCUCAGGCGUGCAUCUCGACGAGCCCGGGCUGUCGAGUAUCUUCAAUGCAGCAGCGCUCUACGAGCAGAUCAUCGAUUCUUCGCCGGAUUGUUAUAAACAUAACACGAAGCUUGAGGGGAUUAGGGAGGAUGCAGGUCCCUCUGAUGGUUCUCGGGCUAACGACGGUACUACGAAGGAGGGUGGUGAAGGGACAGGAAGGGCUACGACAGGUUCACUCCGUGGUUUCGCGGACCUAGUGGGUAGAGAUCUGACACCCCACGAACGCGCCCUCUCCGGCCGCAUCGCCCAAAUCUCAGUCAACAACUGGUCACAAGCUGAUGGGAUACUCGAGCCCGAGCCCGAAUCAGAUGAAGCAGACGACGUGCUUUCUUCGAGCGAGGUCUCAGAGGAGGAUGCCCAUGGCGAGACUCAGGGGAAGGGGAAGGAGAAGAAGGAGCGCGCGGAAGGUCAAGACGGUAGAGUUCCCCCGCCGGAGCGGAUCGACGAGGCUUUCGCGGUCGCUGCUGCAGCGAGCGCGGAUGGUGAAGAGAAGUUGACGCCGGAGGAGGUGGUAAGGUUGUUGGUGGAGGAGUUUGGACCGUUGGCGGAGGAGGGCGAGGAGAAGCUUGUGUUGGAGACGGAUGCGGCGUUGGUUAGGGAUGUCGUUGUACUCGGCGUAGCCCACCUAACAACCCACCGCCUCACCUUCCACGCCUCCCUCCUCUCCUCCUCGCCCGACAACCUUUCCUCCCAAAUCAUAAAAGCCGGGCCCGUCCUCAUCCACCGUAAAGGCUGGAGGCGCAAGCGGAGAUUAUGGUUGGAAUUGAGCCAUGAUAUGUUGAGUUCGUUUCCGAGUAGUAGGGAGGAGGAUCGGAUUAAGCCUAUUCGGAGUAUUUUGUUGUCGUCCAUCGUACAAGUGAUGCCGCAGGACCCGAAGCACGAAAAGGUGAUACAUAUCAUGUUCGACGCGGCGGUGGGCUUUAGGGAAGGCGUCAUCGAGUUCGAUACGGAGGAGUCGGCGAGGGAUUGGAGGAGGGAGAUAGAGGGUGCUAUAUAUCUCUACCGCCGUAACGCCCGCAACGCCCUCCGUCCCUCCCACAAACCACACAACGUACACGACUCAUCAACCACAGACGAAGACGCAGACACGAACGGAAUAAGGAUAAACAUCCCCCUGCACCGCAUCGAGUCCAUGUCUUCCGAGGAUUGUUUGACGUUCGCGACGGUAUACAGGAUCGGGUUCUCUACCGCUUCUUCGAGUGCGAGGUCUUCUACAUCUGCAGCACCAACACCAUCAGGUCUAUCCACGGUUGAGCAAUCGGGGAAUACGGGUAGCGGGGCGAACAGUUCGGCGGCGUCGUCGAUGUUCCCGUCCGAGUCCGCCGAUAGCGAAGAACUUGCAAGUGGAACGGAGGUGUUCGUCGAUACGGAUACUGCGCCUAGUUCGGUCGAACUUGAGGUUGGAGGUGCAGAGGUGGACGAGGUUCAACAUCAGAGGAGGAGGGAUCGGGUCGAUGUGAUGAGGAGCGGGGAGACGGAUGAGGCUGAGACUGACGAGGAGGUUGACGUAGAAGAAGUGGAAGAAGGGACGAAAGCCGCAGGGGAUGGGAACGGGGACAAAGAGGCAGAGAUAGACGUCGAAGCAACCCCCAUGCCGCCUUCCCUUCCUCCCCCAACGAGCCUCAAAUCCGCCCUCAAAAAAUGGGAUAAAUUCUGCGCGCCCUCAACUCAAGGCGUGCGGAAGAGGACUCGGCGACGUGUAGGCGUGGACGACGUUCCGCCCGAGGAGAGGGCGCCUACGACUACAGCUGCAAGAAGGACACGGGCGUCUUUCCUGCCUGAGAAUGGGUUCAGACGGACUUCGUUCUCACCUGUGCGGUCGCCUUUUGGGAAGUUCGAGUUCGAUUUUGGGUUGAGGAGUCCGAGGAGGGAGGAGGCUGAGCUCGGUACCGAAGCCGAGGAGUUGACCCCUGUGGCACCACAGGCGCCACCGAUGGACUCUGCACCUACAACUACAGCGACUGAAGCACAGGCGGAGCUACCGACGACGACACCGACGAGUGCGCAGACGACUCCGGCUAUCAAUAAGAGAUCGUCUUUCAUGAAAUUCGAUUUCUCGCUCAGGAGUCCGAGGACGCAAGGUACUGAACUUCCGUCGGACGAGCUCGAGCAUGUGCGUCCACCUGGUGCCACAUCGACACCAGACGAUGCACAAACACAGACGGCCACUGCAUCUGCACAAACUCUUCCCACCAACGCCAACGUCAAGUCCCCAUUCCGAAAGUUCGAGUUCACGUUGCCUAGUCUCCCGCCCUUGAGGUCGUCGAAGAGUGGUAGUCCAAGGACGCCUCCGAGCGAACUCCCCAGCGCCGACGAUCCUCCUUCCUCCGCAUCAAACUCUAGACCUUUAUUCGAUUCCCCCCAGUCCGCCAGCUCCCUCGAUCCCCUGAACGGAACGAUGUACGAGCCCGCCCCGGUCCAUCAAACGCUCAACCUCACCGUCAUCCGGAACGACCCGAAAUGGGCUUUGGUGAGCGAACUAGUCCGCAAGGCCCGCGAGCGCAUCGCUGCGGGGCUGGAGGACGAGGAAAGAUGGGCGGGGACGAGGGUGUAUGUGGAUUAUGAGCCGGGGAGUUACUAUGAGGCGAAGGCGGAACAGAGUGAGUUUGUGGAGAUGUUGAGUGAUGUGGAGAGAGGGGUGGCGGGGGCGUUGGCUUUGGAUCCGAAGAAGGAGAUGUGGGUUCAGAAGGCACACGUCCAUCGUCGUCUGGGCUGUUAUUUCGGCUACUUCGUCAUAACGCCAGACUGCGUCGGCUUCUGGUCCAAAUCCUUCACCCUCUCCAACGACGUCCGAUACCGUCUCCCACUGCGCACCAUAAACACCGCGAAAGUGUACAGGAACGCACAUAUGUUCAGUUACGGACUCACGUUGGAGCUCUCGGGCCAAUCCGAUGUGCGAUUUUGGUUCCAGAGUGAGGCGGUCAGGGACGAGGCGUUGAAGAGGGUGGGGGAGCUAGUCAAGGCGAGAGAGGGGAGAGUUGUAGAGCAGGCAGAGCUGCUAUUGCCUCUGGAGACGGGGUUGGCAAGGACGAGUUCGCCGGCGGUUAUGGCGCCGAGUGAGGAGUUUGGUCUGAGAGAGGAGAAGAAGCAGGCGUUCAGGAGUCCGUCCACUUCGAGACCACCGUCGAGGGGCUCCGAUGCGAAUCUCAGUCGUGCUAGCAGUGGCGUCGAACUCGCCACCGCCACCACCAAUGUCGAACCGUUCCCUUCGACGACGACGAGCUCGUUAAGCACCCCCGUACACGCCCACACACACUCCGACGACACCGGUCUCGUCACUCCAGGCCAUCGACCCGUCAAGCGUAGCACGACCUCCAUCCUCGCCCCGCUCGGCAGAACUAAAUCCCACCGAUCAAACAUGCCCCACGUCCUGCGUUCAUUCCUCCCAAAGACAAUAAACGUCCCCUCCCGCACGCUCCUCAAAAUGCCCUCCCUCCACUUCGUCUGCCUCACCAUCGGCUCCCGUGGCGACGUCCAGCCCUACAUCGCCCUCGCACUCGGUCUCCAAAAGGAAGGCCACCGGGUGACGAUCGUGACGCACGAGGAGUACAAAGAGUGGGUCGAGAAGUUUGGGGUGGCCCAUCGGACGGCGGGGGGCGACCCGGGGGCGCUGAUGAAGCUCAGCGUGGAGAAUAAGAUGUUCAGUCCGCAGUUUUUUAAGGAGAGUAUUGGGAAUUUUAGGACGUGGUUGGACGAGCUGUUGGUGGAUGCGUGGGAGUGCUGUAAGGAUGCGGAUGUGUUGCUUGAGAGUCCGUCGGCGAUGGCGGGGGUGCAUAUUGCGGAGGCGUUGCAUAUCCCGUAUUUCCGGACGUUCACUAUGCCUUGGACGAAGACGCGACAAUUUCCCCACCCCUUCCUCAGUCCUCCCGUCGAAUCCCCCGCAUUCAACGCAACCUCCUACGUCCUCUUCGACAACGUCCUCUGGACCGCCACCUCCUCCCAAAUCAACCGCUGGCGCCGCAACACGCUCCAAAUCGCCUCCACCGACAUGGGCCACCUCGCGCAAUCCAAAAUCCCCUUCGUCUACAACUUCUCGUCCUCCGUCGUGCCCAAGCCGCUCGACUGGGGCGACGCGACGUCCAUCUCCGGCUACUGGUUCCUCGACAACCCGGACCACGACUGGGCGCCGAGCGAGGAGCUGUUGGGCUGGAUGCGCGAGGCGAGGGAGGACGGGAAGAAGAUCGUGUAUAUCGGGUUUGGGAGCAUCGUGGUGCCGAAUCCGAGGGUGAUGACGCGGAAUAUUAUUAAGGCGGUGGUGAGGAGCGGGGUUAGGGCGAUUGUGAGUAAGGGCUGGUCGGCGAGGAUGGUGGAUGCUAGUAAGAAGGGAGAUGGGGAGGAAGAGGAGGUCGUUUUCCCGGAGGAGUGUUUUUCGGUGGAUAAGAUUCCGCAUGAUUGGUUAUUCCCGCAGAUCGAUGCGGCGUUGCACCAUGGCGGAGCGGGUACGACGGGAGCGAGCUUGAGAGCUGGGAUUCCGACUCUGAUCAGACCAUGGUUCGGCGACCAGUUCUUCUGGGCAUCGAGAGUCCACAAGCUCGGUGCGGGCUUGAAGGUGUCCAGCCUUCGUGUGGGCGAGCUCUCGGAUGCUUUGCUGAAGGCGACGACGGAUCGGGUUAUGAAGGAGAAGGCUGCGAGGGUCGGGGAGAGGAUACGAGAGGAGGACGGGGUACAGAAUGCGAUACAUGCGAUUUAUACGUAUCUGCCACGAGCAGCGAGGGAUAGGCAGUCCCUUGAUUAAUGAUUUAUUCUUGUUUUUUUUCUUCCUUCUAUUUAUCUACCCUUGCAUCCUCUUCCACUAUCCUGACCCGUUUCCCCCAUGAAGAUUGAAUUCACGCAACCUCGUUAUUUUUAUAGACCGUAGAUCUCACCUCAUCUCACCCAGUUCACCCAGUUCAGCCUAUCCCACCCCUUCCCACCCUAUUCUAUCCUAUCGUAACAAUUAUUGAUUACGCCUCAGGAGAUUGAGACCCCGGAGAGUGCGCUCAUUGCCUGCCGUAUACGCUUUCAUAUCC